UCAGCAGACAUGUGGGUGACAUUUCAGGGGCAGGUAACCUUCGAUGAUGUAGCAGUGGACUUCACCCAGGAGGAGUGGGGCCUGCUGGGCCCUGCCCAGCGGACCCUGUACCAUGAUGUGAUGCUGGAGACCUUAAGACACCCGGUCCCUGUGGGACCUUGGAACCUCAAGCCAGAUAUUGUUGCCCACCUAGAACUUGGAGUAGAGCAACGGAUGAUGGACAGAGGACUCUCCCAAGAUUCCUGCCUAGCACUUUAAAGACAUCAUGCCAUUGUCUUCUGGACUCCAAGGUUUCUGUUGAGAAGUCAACCUUCAUCUUACUAUUGUUACUUUGAAGACAAUGGGUAUUUUUUAUUUUUUUGCCAACAAUACUUUUAAAGUGCACAAAAUUUAAAUAUUCAAUUGAAAAAUUUUGAUAAAUGUAUGCACAUAUGUAAUUCUUACCCAAAUAAAGUUGACA